AUGUCAGAAUUUAUUUUUGGAGCAGAAAUUUCCAAAAGUAUCGAAAUUACAAAGACCUCUUUUAAAGCUUCGGGAACCGUAGAAGAAGCCAUUAAACCAUAUUUACAAUUAAUCGCGGUUGUUACAACUUUAAUUGAUGAUAUUAUCAAAAUUUAUGAUGGUGUGGAAUCUAAUAAUAAAAAAAUUUGUAGUUUUUUGAUGGAUAGAGUUUAUAUUGCUGAAAUUUUUAUUAAAAUUUUAAGCAGAAGGAAACAAGAGAACGAAAAAAAUUUUCGCAACAUGAAAUAUUAUUUGGCUUUUGCAAGGUUUACUAAUGUCAUGAAAGAAAUUAGAGAUUUUAUUAAAGAUGUCUCCAAAUUACUAUUUUACAAAAAAUUCUAUGAAUUUAAUGGUUUAGUUAGUGAUUUUGAGUCCGUGAUGAAGGAUUUGAAUUUCACCGAUAAAGAGCAACGCAGAAUUGAUCAACUAGCCCUUACUGAAGAUUCUUCCGAAAUGGCGAAGGCAGCUCUUGAAGCCGAAGAAAUUGUAGAAACCGAAGGAACCAAGACUAUGGGUAAUCAAGGAACCGAUAAAACCGCAGAGACUAUGGGAUCUGAGAGAGCUGUUGAUACGCAAAGAACUGAAGUUGCCGUAGAAGUUGUAAGUACCGAUGUAACCGUAAAGACUAUGAUGACUGACUGUGCUGUUGGAGUUGUAGGUACCGAAGCAAAUGUAGAUACUAUACGAACUGAAGGAACCGAAGGAGCUAUGGAAAAUCAAAGAACUUUAGAGACUGUAGGAGCUUUAGGAGAAGCCGUUAAACCUUAUAUACCAUAUAUUGCGAUUGUUACAACCAUAAUUGAUAAAAUUUUUUGGAUUUAUGAAGAUAUUGAAUAUAACAAAAAGAUUUGUAAUGCUUUAAUGGAUAGAGUUCAAAUAGUUGAUUAUAUAUUAAAGAGAAGAAAAUGGAAGGAAAAUCUUCUUCAUGUCUCCCAACUAAAGGGUUACAAUAAAUUCUUACACUCCUGUUCUAUUAAAGAUACCUUUAAUGAUUUAGUAUACGAUUUUGAUAUCAUUAUAGACGUUUUGAAUUUCACAACGACAAUUGACAAUGGAGAACAGCGUAAAAUUGACCGGAAGGCUCUUAAUGAAGAUAUAGUCGAAAUGUCCAGAUUUUUGGAAAGGAUUGGAGGUGGUAUUGUUUCUGAUAAUAACCAAAUUAAUACAGUUCUCCAAGAAGUCAUAUUAAUUAAGAAUCAAAUAGAAAGCACUCAAAAAAGAUAUCUACCGAUACCUGAGUCUAUUAAAGCAAACAAAAUAGAACCAAAUGAGCUUACUGAACCCCUUGGAGGGAAGGCAUCUGAUCGUCGUGGGAAAGAGGAACCUUAUACUUUAAGGAAAUGCUUAAAGCAGAGUAUAGACGUCGCUUGUAUUCCAACUAAAUUACAAGAUGAUAAUUCCCAGAAAGCUCAAUGGUUUCAAGCUCAACUAUCUAUUUUAGGAAAACUUCAAGAUUCUCCCAACAUUUUGAAAUUUUAUGGAUUCUCUUAUGUCGAAAGUCACCCGGUCAUGGUAUUUGAAUGGGCCGAACAUGGAAACCUACGCGAAGUUUAUAAUACAUACGAAAUCUCUUGGGUUGCAAAGAGAUUGAGAAAUGGUGGUAAUCAGCGAUAUAACAUGAAAUGCGAAGUUUUCAGUUUUGGAAUGCUACUUUGGGAAUUGGCAUUUGAAAAGAUUCCCUAUGAACGUUGGGACAUGGCUAAAAUAAAAGAACAUGUUUUGUCUAACAAACGAGAAAAGAUUACUUUUGGUGGAGAAAAUCCUGAUAUUCAAAACCUCCAAAAAAGUUAUGCGAAAAUUAUCGUUUCGGCUUGGCAAGAUGAUCCUCAAAUUCGAGCUUCAUUACAACAAAUUUUCUUGAAUUUACACGACUUAUAUACAACACAUUGCUCUUCAGGGUACAAUACUUCACUUGCCCUUAAACCUUUAGAUUUGGAUGGAUCAAAAGCAGUUUCCGUUAGCGAUAUAGGAGGGUUAGAUUUGCCAGAUUUUGAUAUGGAAUUCUCUAUUAGUGCUGUGCAAGAAAUAAUGUCACUUGAGGAAGGUAUUAAAGCUUAUAGAAGAAGCGACUAUGCGACAGCAUGGGAAUGUUUUAAUGCACACGCAGAGUUGGGUAAUACCAAAGCCAAAUAUUGGAAAGGAUAUUAUUUAUGGGAAAACUCUUCUGAUCAAAAAGAUCAAGAAGAAGCAUCAAAAUUAUUUAAAGCAGCUGCUGAUGACGGAUUUGCAGAUGCACAGUUACGAUAUGCAUUUAGUUUAAUUGAAAAUAAUGGAAUUAACUUACCGGUAUUUAUUGAAUAUCUUACGAAAUCUGCAGAUAAUAAUAAUAAUACGGCUCAAUUUAAUCUAGGCGAUUUAUAUAUUAAUGGUAAAUUGGGUGUGACUAAAAAUGUACCACUUGGCAUGAAAUAUUUAAGAUUAGCUGUGUUAGCUUAUAAUCCUGAAGCUAUUGAAUUAUUACAAAAAUUGAUUAAUAAUGUUGAGAACUUUAUGGGAGACUUGAACAUCACGACAAUUGAUCAACCGGCAAAGCCACAUGAACUUACAGAUCCUCUUGGAGAUAAACCAACUGAUCGUGGGAUUGUGAAAAAGUCCAUAAAAUUUAGUGUAGACGUGGCUUAUACUCCCACUAUAAUCCAAGAUGAUGAUUUCAUGAAAACUAUAGCUCAUUUUACUAUGUUAGAAAAACUUCGUUACUCUGAUAACAUUUUGAAAUUCUAUGGACUCUCCCAUAUUGAUGAUCAAUUGGUAACGAUAUUUGAAUGGGCUGAAUUAAGAAACCUUUGUGAUGUUUAUAAUAUAUAUGAUAUUUCAUGGACUACAAAGGUUUCUAUUGCUCUUGGUAUUUGUCGUGGCAUCAUUUUUCUGCAUUCUUGUUCUAUUCUUCAUCAUGAUAUUCGUUGCGCAAACAUUAUGAUUACAGCACGUUUAGAACCUAAAAUUACAAAUUUUAAAUGCGCACAUAUAAUGUUCGAUGGGGUCUCUAAACCUAAAAAAACCUUUUAUGAAUCAAUACCAAAUUUAGACGAUGUUAUUAAUUGGAUGGCCCCAGAAAAAAUUAAAUAUUUUAGAUUUCAUCGAUAUGAUGUAAAAUGUGAAGCAUUUAGCUUUGGUAUGUUAAUGUGGGAGCUUGCCUUUGAAAAAGUUCCUUAUCAAGGUUGGAAUGUACGUAAAAUAAAGAAUCAUGUUCUAAACAAGGACAGGGAGACAUUAGAAAGCAGAUCAAAUAAUGAUGAAAGUUUUCAAGAAAAAUAUUUUGAAAUCAUUAAAAAUAAUUGGCAUCAUGACUCACGGGAGCGUUCAAGUUUUCCCACUAUUUUCAAUGAACUUAAUGAAUUAACUGGUAGUUACCAACAAAAUGGAUUUUCUCAAAGUUUAGUUCCAAAAAAUAUUUACAUAUCACAGGCUGAAUCCGUUGAUGAAUUAGAAAAUAAAGCAAAGGAAUGGAUUGAAGAUUCGAUUAAACGAAAAGUUAUUAAAUCAAUAGCAUGGUCCGAAUUUAAUUCUCAUAAAAAGUUAUCAGCAGGAAAUUUUGGAUUAGUGCAUCAAGCAUAUUGGUCUAAAACUCAUAAACAUGUAGCAUAUAAAAAAUUAUUUAUUACAUCAGAUAUUAAAUAUAAGAAGUGGGAAGCAUUUAGACAUGAAAUACAAUUACAAAGUAGAGCACAUAUUUGUGAAAAUAUUAUCCGAGUUUUAGGAAUAAGUAAAAGUUUAGAUGGUGACUAUUGUAUCGUUAUGGAAUGUGCUAAUGAAGGGGAUUUAAGAAAGUAUCUUUCAAAAAAAUUUUUGAAUACAAUUGAUUCCUUAACUCUUUCAUCAGCAUCAGCAAGCUCAAGCUCUCUAGUUUCUUCAACACUUUCAUCAGAAAGCACAGUAAUUUCAUCAAGAACUUGCAUUGAUGAUUCAUUGAUGAUAAAUAUAAAUCCAGCGGAUUGGGCUGAGGAGGAAAAUUCUUAA